AGCUACACUAGAAAAUAUUCCAAAUCUAAACGCCCUUUUCACACUCUCCUACCUCUGCUACUCUCUCUCACUCUCUGCCCCUCAUUGUUGAAGAAGAAGAAGAAGAAGAAGAAGAAGAAGAGGAAACUGGUGGUGUGUGUGGUUUGGUAGAGAAAUGAGGGGUCCUUUGGGGGCAGUGAUAGGGAGGUACCCAUCAAGUGAUGGGAGUGACCAAAUGAGCUCAAUCAUCAGGCACAACAGGAAAUGCAAGGACCUUGUGUUCCUGGUCAUCUUUAUAGCCUUCUGGGUUGCUAUGAUUGUCAACUCAAGCUUUGGAUUCAAUCAAGGAAACCCAUUAAGGCUCACUUAUGGACUGGACUACAAAGGAAAUGUUUGUGGCGACAAGCAUGCAAAACCUGGUCUUCGGGAACUCGAACUCAAAUAUUGGUUAAAUCCAAACCAGGUUUACCUGAGUGGUCUAAAAGACAAUCAGUUCGAGUUGGCCGAUGCCCGGAGUAUAUGCCUAUUGGAUUGCCCUGCCCCUUCUGAAGAUACACUGAAUUGGGUGUGUGAUUACCCAGAAGGAGAGAUCCGUCUCACAAUGAAUGAUUGGAUUGACAGGAAUUAUGAUUAUUUUGAGUUCCUUACUCCUGAAAUGCGAAAUGCCUCUCUUCAACUUCGGGGUCCUUGUUACCCUGUCAUAUUUCCUAGUGUAAACGUCUAUUGGAGCUGCCAAUUUAUUGCUCGUCCAUCAAACAGUUCGUUGAAGCAUUGGCAGCAAAUGGGUGGAGUGAAUAUUAAUGAGGACAUUAUUAUAGACAAAUCUAUUCACAGUUCCAUCAAUUCUCGGUCAGCUGUCUUAAAGAGAUACAUGGCCGAUAUUGGAAAGUCAUGGCGAGUGCUGCUUGUUUGUGGAGGAAUCGUGCCACUGGCUUUGUCAUUGAUUUGGCUGCUUCUGAUUCGUCAUUUUGUUGCUGCAAUGCCUUGGAUAACAGUGGCCCUCUUUAAUAUUCUCAUAAUAUCAGUCACAAUGUUUUACUACUUGAAAGCUGGAUGGAUAGGAAAUGAUGCCAUCUCCCCAAUCAUUGGUGAGCACGAUCCGUACAUUCGCAUAAUUGGAAGGGAGUUACAUCAUCUCCGUGCUGUUGCAGUUCUCAUGACCUUUAUUAUGGUUGUUUCUGUUCUUACAUCAAUUGCUAUAGUUCGCCGCAUCCUUAUGGCAACAUCUGUCCUUAAGGUUGCUGCCAAGGUCAUAGGAGAAGCUCAAGCGCUCAUAAUAUUUCCAAUAAUUCCAUAUACCAUCCUUGGAGUUUUUUACAUGAUCUGGUUUUCAGCUGCUUUUCACCUGUUCAGUUCUGGUCAAGUAGUCCAGAAUAGCUGCAACUCGAACUGCUGUGCCUAUGAUCUUGCAUCAAAACAAGUUAACUGUGAUCAUUGUUGCGGUUAUAGCAUUCAUUACACUCCUCAUAUUGGAAUUGCUAUCCUUUUCCACCUAUUUGGGUGUUAUUGGGCUACACAGUUUUUCAAAGCAGCCUCUUCAACUGUUAUUGCUGGUUCUGUGGCCUCUUACUAUUGGGCUCGUGGUGAAACAUCAGGUGAAAUACCAUUUCUUCCGGUCUUUUCCUCUAUGAAACGGCUGAUGCGCUAUAGCCUUGGGUCUGUGGCUCUUGGCUCCCUGAUUGUGUCAUUUGUGGAAUCAAUAAGGUUUAUGCUCGAGUCAAUUCGUCGCCGAUUAAAAGUUUCUGGUACCACGCCUAAUAACUGGUUCGGAAAGGCUGCAUUCUCUACUGCUAGGUUUUGCCUGAGCUGUAUUGAGUGGACAAUCAAGUCGGUUAAUCGCAAUGCCUACAUUAUGAUUGCUAUAACAGGCAAAAGCUUCUGCAAGUCUUCUGCAGUUGCUACAGAUCUGAUCAUCAGUAACAUCCUUCGGAUAGGGAGGGUGAACGUGAUUGGAGAUGUGAUACUAUUCCUUGGCAAAUUGUGUGUCAGCCUAUCAACUGCCCUUUUUGCUUUUCUUAUGUUGGAUACCCACAGAUACAAAUCUGCGCAUAACAAGAUCUCUUCUCCACUGUUUCCAGUGUUGGUUUGCUGGGCCCUUGGUUAUGUGGUUGCUACACUUUUCUUUGCUGUGGUGGAGAUGUCAAUCGAUACGAUCAUUCUUUCAUUCUGCCAGGAUUCCGAAGAGCACCAAGGGACUGCGCAGUAUGCCCCUCCACUUCUCAUCGAAACUCUAAAUGACGAAAAUGAGAUGCAGAGACUUACCCAAGGAUCCAAUGAUAUACCUUAGAUGUGCAUUUUCCUUCCGGUCAUAUUAUAGCUUAAAUGGAAAAUUUAGAAGCCUUUUUGUAAGGUUCUGUAAUCCUGCCUCCCAGUACUUUACUUGCCCUAUCCUUGAAAUUUUGUUUUUACCUGUAUAUGUUCAAGUGUUAGGCUAGGGAAAAGGUUGCCUCUAUAGAAAGAUUUGAAUGUUCAUCGAUAUGAAAAUGCUCUUUAAUGGAAUGGAAUUGAUUUAGAAUUUC